UGCACAAGUAACUCAGUUCUGGUAAUAUAACAGUCAAAGCAGCAUCGUUCUGCCUCUAGGUCCUGCUGUCAUCACAAAAUAAGUUUGAAAAGAAUAAAAGCCAUGCAAAAUCAUAAACAAGUGGUAACAAUGAUUUUAGUUUAUAUAGUUUUCACAAGUCUUUUAGAUUUGGUGUCGACUGAUGACAAUAGCUGCAAAGCGACCGAUAGUUGGUAUAUACCAAAUUUAUUGGGAGCUCCUAUAUUGGUUACUGUAGCGGAACUUGCAGCGUACAUUAGACCCAGCACCGCCACUGAAGACGAUGUACAAUUUCUACUUUUAACUAAUCUUAACCCCACCGAACCAUGUAAGAUAUCCAUCGGUGAUGUUCGUGCAUUAAACGACUCACAGUUUAAUCCCAAUCACGAAACAUACUUCAUUAUACAUGGUUGGUUAAAUAACGGAUAUUCAUAUAUGUGUAAAAUAUUAGCAGCAGCAGUUCUUGCGAGAAACAAUAUAAAUGUGUUUAUUGUGGAUUGGGGUAAAAGAGCCAUGAAUGGCGAUUAUAGGUUUGCCGCGAUGUCAGUGGAACCGAUUGGCGGCAUAGUGGCAGAUUUUAUGAAUUUUCUUUGUCGCGUUUUCGCAGUUGAAAUCUAUGUAAUCGGCCACAGUUUGGGUGCACAUGUGGCAGGCUUUGCUGGUAAGAAAUUUGAUUGCGGUACAAUAAAAACUAUUUGGGGUCUAGAUCCAGCACAGCCUCUUUUCGAUUACUGUAAUAGCAAAAAACGCUUAUGUAACACAGAUGCUUUCUAUGUUGAGAUCUUACACACGAAUGCCGGCUUUUUAGGUUUUGAAAAACCCAUCGGAAAUGCCUCUUUCUAUGCGAAUGGUGGAAGAAUGCAAAAGGGAUGUGGAAUUGAUGCAUACUGUUCGCAUAUGGGUGUGAUUGGUUUUUGUGAUCAGGCGCAGCGUGGGAAAAGGUACACAUCCGUAGCGUGUGCAACAUAUACUGAUGCAACAAACAAUGCAUGUGGUUCUACACCUAGCGGAGUCUUCAUGGCAUUGCCAACAAAUAAUAACAUCAAUGGUAUAUUUUAUGUGGGUAUAACUGAGGAAGCGGGAUUCACAGACGGAUUUCCGUAUUUCAUAGCCAGUCAAAUACUACCGUAAUUUAAUCGUAAUUAUUCUUUAUAAAUUUAUAUAUAUCACAUAUAUCAUCUAUUAUCAAUUACAUAUACUUAUAUAA